AUGGUAUCUUGCACCAUUUUUCAAGGGCUUUCCAAUGGUGUAUAUCACUUGCCAUUUGGUGAGGGUUCGUUUGUACACUUCCCUAGUGAGCCUAACAGGGGAAGUACUCCAAGUGCGACGCUCAGAUUUUCUUUAAAUUUUGCACACACGUCGGGUAUGGACUAAAUAUCAAUUCCUAAAAGUUUUAGCUCGCGCUUUGCGGGCGCCGCCGAGAUAUCGAACGAUUUUUGCCGCCGAGAGAGCACGCUAAACGUGGAGAGUGGUCAGAGAGCAAAGCGCUUUUUGGCCAUAACUUUGGCAGUUUCGUGCGGAAAAAUUUGAUUUUUUGUAGAAACAUUUUUCGUUACGGUAGAAAUAGGCAUGAAAAUUUUCGUGCCGAAAUUCGGCAAAAAGUCCUAAAUUUUUGCCGGCUUUCGAUCUAAAAAUCUCGGUUGUUUCUGCAAAGCGCGAACUAGGAUUCUCGCAUAUAUCUUAGAAAAAAUUAUUCUAAAUUUGUGCCAAGUUUUGUCAAAAUCUGAGCGUCGCACUUGGAGUACUUCCCCUAGAUAUAACGAAAAGCGGCGACGAGGUUUUCUCUCUUUCUUAGGAAAUUCUCUCUGCAUUUGGCAUACCCUCGCGUAGGUCAAGGAUCACAGAACAUAUCGGUGGCCAAUCAAAGCGAAUCUCUCUGAAAUUGACGUGCCCCCAAUUGUGCGAGCAAAGUUUUAAUAAAAUUCUUGCUUCCUCUUUCUAACACUAGUCCUGCCAACUACGGCUUUUUCAGCACAGCAAUGAAAGAACAAUUUUCCAACGCUCUAUUGUGAAUGUGGGGCUUUGAGAAAUGAGAAGCGAGGUCGGAGAGAAGCGUUACGAUUAAAAUUUCUCCUCAUCGUCUAAAAAAUUCUUCUCAUCUUGUGUUUCAGGGAAAUGGCCAGAAUAUGUUGCCAACAGAAGAGCUGCCCGCAACGCAAGCAUAGCCAACCGUCAGCCAAUUUACGACUACCUGGGAGCCGAGUAUUGCGGUAAGUCAGCGAAAAACUUCCUUCUUCUUGCACUUCAUUAUUAUUAUACAUAUUGUUGUAGUUAUUGCGACCGUCGGUACGCCCGGAACCAAGUUUAAGGCGCUUUUGGACACAAGCAGCGCGAUCAGUUGGGUGCCCAGUUCGCUCUGCGGUAACAAGCCGAAAAACUGCCCCAAUUACUGUAAAGGUAUGUGCACUACGCCCCUUGGAUGAUAACAUGUUUGCGAUUGUAUUUAUCAAAGUAUCUUUUUACGUGUUUAAAUGGAUUUCAGGUCAAUACUGCGAAUACUUAUGCGAGGAGGAUUGUUGUCAGGGAAGCGACGCCAUUGGCUGUAGAAACAAGACAAAGUUUGACACAAAAAAGUAAGCAUAGUCCCUUGAGACUAGAUACGAUUUUCACGAUCGUAUCUAGCGUCAUAACAGACCCUAAAUCAAAGCCUUGUGGAAUCAGCUGAAUGCAAAAAGAAGCGGUAUUCAGAUAUUAGGGUGUCCCAUAAGUCUUGCGUAUUUUGCGGUCGUCAACUUGUGCGAAUUCCUAUGAGCUUUGUAACGCAUUACGAGAUAUGUUGGACAUACGGUUUUAAAGACGAGACAUUGCGCUUUUCAACCGUAUAUAACGGGGCUGCAGAAAAUCUACCUGCUACCCGCACUACCCCAAUAUUGUACUAAAUACCAAAAAAAUUUGCUUGCUUCCAGAUCCUCCACCUACUCGGCUUCCUACGGCGACUUUAUCCAUUACACAACGAUCGGCAUGGUCGAAGGAAAGUAUGGAAAUGACAUCUGGUCCAUUGGAACGCACAAUCAGAGCUCGUUGACAUUGAGCAAAUAUAGAUUCGGGCUGGUUACUCACUUGGGAGAAACCUACCAACACCACGCCCUGGAUGGAGUGUUUGGGCUGGGAAGAUCUCAAAAUCGUAAGUGCUAAGGUCUUAGGACACAUAGAGAACUGAAACAGCUCCUUUUAGAGAGUAAAAUUAUGAAAUUUUUUUAGCCAAAUCAUUCAUUGUCCAAGCCAUCGAAGAGAACCUUCUUGACGAACCGUUUGUCUCGCUCUACCUGAAAGACGAAGGCUACAGCCAGAAUGGCAAAGUUGCCGGCUCCGUUACGUUCGGCGGUGUUGAUAACGAUAAUUGUGGAGUUAUUCUGGACUUUGUCCCACUUACCAGCAACACGAAAUGGGAGUUCCGACUGAACGGAGUCGACCUCAACGGGCACAAAGCCAAUGGAGGCGUUGCGUUGUCGGAUACCGGCUCCGCCUACAUUCAUGGGCCCUACUUCUCGAUUUACCUAUUUGCGCAAGACAUCGGAGCCAGAUACGAGUAUCUCAAUGACCGCUACAUCAUCGCCUGCGACAAGCAGUUCAAGUUUUCGUUGGACAUUGGACGACACACUUACACGAUCAACAGCACCCUUCUCAUUAAAGAGAUCUCGCCGAACAAGUGUGAGCUGAUGGUGAGAGAGAACGACAGCUGGGAUGAGUACAGCUGGAUUCUGGGAGUCCCAUUCGCCAACGCCUACUGCCAGAUCUACGAUUACACCGGCAAGGUUGGAUUCGCAUUGAUUCAUUAG